AAACCCGUAGAUUCCCAUUUCGUCACUUUCACAUCAGAUCGGAGCCACACACCACAGCGAUCGAUGCCGUCGACGCAGUCCUUAACCGUCGCAGCGAGGUCCCUACGAAGCCGGAUCCUCUCCAGAUCCGGAUCCACAUCCGCCGGCGCGAGCCGAUGGGCGACGCCGGGCCACGAGGAGCGUCCCAAGGGCUUCUUCAUGAACCGCACUCCUCCGCCGCCGGGGCAGUCGCGGAAAUGGGAGGACUGGGAGCUUCCCUGCUACGUCACGAGCUUCCUCACGAUCGUCAUCCUCGGCGUGGGGCUCAACGCGAAGCCUGAUCUCUCGAUCGAGACUUGGGCUCAUCAGAAGGCCCUGGAGCGGCUCGAGGCGGAGAGGCUCGCCGGAGAUUCUUCCGAUUGAGAGGAUCAGAUGUUUGAUGCUUUGGAACUUUGAAGCAGUGUCUUUUGGUUUUGUUGAUAAUGGUGGAAUAAAGUGUUCUUUGACGAACUUAUGAUUACAAGUUUAAAACUUGGUCACUUUUGAUUUGCUAGUUGUUGAUCAACAUCUGAAAUUCGAUUGCUUUUUUCAAACGAAUAUUGUUUGUUUCAGUAUUGGCCUUUGUUAUCAAUCCAUUUUUCUACUA